AUAAUAAGAUGGAGAAGUAUAGAUGCUUUGGGGGAUUUUCCCUUCAUUGGUUUGUUUUGUUGUUGGUUUUUGUUUGCAUUAUUAUGGUUCCAAGAGCUCAAGGAUGGAGCAAAGAGGGUCACAUGAUGACGUGCCGGAUAGCGCAGGCACUCCUAGAGCCUGAGGCUGCAGAAGCUGUUCAAAAUCUACUACCUCACUACGUGGACGGCGACUUGUCAGCUCUCUGUGUAUGGCCGGAUCAGAUCAGGCAUUGGUACAGAUACCGGUGGACUAGCCCACUUCACUUCAUUGACACUCCAGAUAAUGCUUGCACCUUUGACUACUCAAGGGAUUGUCAUGAUCAACAUGGCGUGAAGAACAUGUGUGUUGCUGGUGCCGUCCAAAACUUCACCUCUCAGCUUUCACACUACACAGAAGGAACAUCUGACCGUCGAUAUAAUAUGACUGAGGCCUUGCUUUUCUUGUCACACUUUAUGGGAGAUAUCCAUCAGCCAAUGCAUGUCGGGUUCACGACAGAUGAGGGAGGAAACACGAUAGCCUUGCGUUGGUACAGGCACAAAUCCAAUCUUCACCAUGUGUGGGAUAGGGAGAUCAUACAACAAGCUAUGAAGGACUAUUAUGACAAAGACAUGGAACUCCUCCUGCAAGACAUACUGGCGAACAUCACAGAUGGAAUCUGGUCUGAUGAUGUUACAUCAUGGAAACACUGCGAUGAUCAACGUUCAUGUAUAAACAAGUAUGCGACGGAGAGUAUAAACAUAGCUUGCAAGUGGGCUUACAAGGGCGUUGAGGCGGGUGAUACUCUUACAGAGGAUUACUUCCUUCCUCGGCUACCUGUGGUGGAGAAGAGGAUUGCUCAAGGAGGGGUUCGCUUGGCGGCCAUCCUCAACCGCAUCUUCUCUUCCGGUCAAGAUACAGAAGUUGAUGACGACGUAUCACAUUCAACCUAAUCAACUAACCGGAAGUUGCUGAUCAAACUCAAGCAUGAAGAUUGAAGCCUGGCUAGGAUCUUAGCUAGCUAAAAGAAGACUUGACAUUCUAAUUUAAAGCUCAAUUAGUUAUUCUUUAUCCCUUUUACAGAUUCCUUUCAGAUUAGGCAAUCGACCAAGAUUUGUACUUUCGUAUUUGGAAACUUGUUAUUUCACUUCAAAUUGCUAAUGUAUAUAUGUUGCCUCCAAUGUGCUAUAAAUAAGUUACCCGAACCCCAUUUCUUCUUAAAGUUCCAAA